CAUCCAUGCUUCUCAUCUCGAGGACUGUUUGACGGGAGGGUUGGUGUUAAAUUGCUACGGCAAACAGGGCCAGACCCUUGUCUGGAGGUGAAGGAAGUGACAGCCAAGUCCUCCCACAAGCAGGGGGCAGCAGCAGGCAUGCAGGCCUCCGCCUCUGACAGCAAGAUGGCCACCCAGGAUUCAAACUCCAAGCAUCUUGAUGAGCAUAGAGAACCAGAUGACAUGUCUGAGAAGACCUCUCCAAAUAAACACCCCAAGUCACCCCAGAAGGGCUCAAAACGACUGAAGUUGGCUCCGUUUAAAGUGACCCUGCUGGACUCCUCUGAAUAUGAAGGGGAGAUUGAGAAACACUCUAAAGGACAGACCCUGAUGGACAUGGUGUGUGAACAUCUCAACCUGCUGGAGAAGGACUACUUUGGUCUGAACUUUUCAGAUACUGACAGCCAGAAGAACUGGUUGGACCCCUCCAAGGAGAUUAAGAAGCAGAUGCGCAACUCUCCAUGGCAGUUUGCCUUUGCUGUAAAGUUCUACCCUCCAGACCCCUCCCAGCUCACUGAGGAUAUUACCAGAUAUUACCUGUGUCUUCAGCUGAGAGAUGACAUGCUGUCAGGUCGGCUGCCAUGCUCCUUUGUCACCCACGCCCUCCUUGGCUCGUACGCUGUUCAGGCCGAGCUGGGGGACUACGACCAGGAUGACCACGGCUCCGACUAUGUCAGUGACUUCCGCUUUGCCCCCAACCAGACCCGCGAGCUAGAAGAGAGGGUGAUGGAACUCCAUCGGAAUUACAAGGGUAUGACUCCAGCAGAGGCUGAAAUUAACUUCCUGGAGAAUGCAAAGAAGCUAUCUAUGUAUGGGGUGGACCUCCAUCAUGCCAAGGAUUCUGAAGGAAUUGAAAUAAUGUUGGGUGUCUGUGCCAAUGGCCUACUGAUUUACCGUGAUAGGCUGAGGAUUAACCGGUUUGCCUGGCCAAAGAUCCUCAAGAUCUCCUACAAGAGGAGUAACUUCUACAUCAAGAUUCGUCCUGGAGAGUAUGAACAGUUUGAAAGUACUAUUGGCUUUAAGCUUCCCAACCACAGAGCUGCCAAGAGACUGUGGAAGGUCUGCAUUGAGCACCACACGUUCUUCAGGUUAGUGUCUCCAGAACCACCUCCUAAGGGCUUCCUGGUGAUGGGCUCUAAAUUCCGCUACAGUGGGAGGACACAGGCCCAGACCAGACAGGCCAGUGCUCUCAUUGACCGACCUGCUCCACAUUUCGAGCGCUCCACCAGCAAAAGGUACCUGCUAUCUCGGAGCUUAGAUGGAGAGUUCUCGCGGCCAGUCUCAGCCAUGUGUGAGAACCAUGACGGCCUGUCCCACCGCAGUGUCAGCGAACAGCAUCGCUUCCGCAGCCCUUCGGUGGAUGAGCAAGAGACAGAGAUGGAGCCCAGUUUGGACCAAGACCAAGAUGAGGAAGACCAGGACCAAGAGCUGGCCCAGGAGACAGAGCAAGAUAAGGAGCAAGACAGAGAUAUCACCCCCAGCAAAAAGAAAGAAAUGAAGUUUUUGGAUAAGUCACAAGACGUCUUGCUGAAGCACCAGGCCAGUAUCAAUGAGUUGAAGAGAGCCCUAAGGGAGCCCAACAGCAAGCUGAUGAACCGUGAGAAGCGCCUGUCAGGCACUUCCCCGAGUGGCACACCAGAAAAAAAGGCACCUCCGGUGGCAAAGAAAGAUGCCAGUGCGGUGAGCAUGGCCCACAUGCUGAGGAAGGCAGAAGUCAAGAUGGAGACGCACACCAAUGGAUCAGAGAUUCAGUCCAACAUUGUGAACGUCUCACCGCAGAACUAUGAAGUUGUCAGCCAUAGGGAGGUACAUGCAACACUUAAAGAAAAUGGCUCACCUGUAAAAGCAGGGUCCCUGGACAGAGAGUGUGUUGUUUCCCCGCUGACAGUGACUACUGAGAACGUCACAUCAGCAACCACAACCCAAGUUACUAAGACUGUGAAAGGAGGUUAUUCUGACAGGAUUGAGAAAAGAAUCAUCAUUACAGGUGACGACGAUGUAGACCAGCAUCAGGCCCUUGCCAUGGCUAUCCAAGAAGCCAAACAGCAACACCCCGACAUGCUGGUGACAAAAGCGGUGGUUAUCAGGGAAACAGAGUCUCCCACCGAGGAGAAUUCAAGAAAACUCCGAGUCCUGAUUGAUGAUGGUGGCUCUUGGGACCGGCGGACAGGAGAGGUGCAUCUAGCCCAUCCGUCUCCUGCCCCACCCUACAGUAUGCCACCAACCCAAUCAAAGGACUCCUACCCCCACUGUGUAUACACUGACACAACUACAAACUGUGGGCCUGUGGCUCUUCAAAAUGCAGUAGCCCUCCACUCCUGUCCCUUUAGCCAAGCCGACUGUGAUGUGGCCUCCAACCCCCACCAAGCCUCCCGUCUCAUCCUGGCCCACCCAAACCCUCCCAUCUCCUUCAGAACAGGAAACAUUUUAUCUCGGAUUAUUAAUCAGUUGGUCUACAGCACGUGGCGAUGCCAUUGAAUAUUUGCCCUAUUGUAUAUCAGCCAUUACUGUUUGCAUUUACUCAUGUUACACUCAAGGUGGCUUGAUUGUUCUUCGUCUCCCAAUAUAAACGGUCUUCGGCUUCCUUGAACUCCCCGACAUUCUCCAUUUGUUGUGACAGUGAUGUGAUUUUGCUCAAGAUAAAGCCAACUGACUAUCCCUUCUUCCCUUCCCGCAUACACGUCCACUUGUCACAAAUGCACAUGCACACACACAAACCAUUACAUUAAUCAGCUAUUCUACAAAUACCCGGCCCCCACAGAGCACUCUCUAAUACUUUAUUUGAGAUGGUAAUGCCUGCCCUGUGCUGAUGUCAUAAAAUGAAAUAUGAGAGCAGAGCUGGAGGAGUCUGAUGAGAGGGAAGGGUGAAGUGCUGUGCAUAUUUGCUGUGUGGGAGGUUCCGAGUGGCGAGAGCCAGCCUUUAAUGCUUAUUGUCACCUCAAGCGUGACAUCCUCACUAUAAUCAGCAGCUGUCUUACUGGCUUUUUACAUUUUUAAUAACUAUAGAUGAUCCGAAUAAUGUCCAGUGUUUGCUUGUUUAUGAAAUAUGUAUUAUACUAGAUGAUUAUAAUCUGCAUGGUUCAAAAAUAGUCACGGGAAUGAAAUUUGCAACAUGACUGAAAUCCAUGAGCGCUUAGAUGGAAGGAAACUGUGUGGACUACUGGCCUAGCGGACACUUAUCAGUGUUGAUGGACUGUUACGGAUAGAUAAGUCA